GGGGCGGGGCCACUGUGUGAGGCCUGCACUGCUGUCACGGGAGAGUGAGAGCCAGAGCAGCCAGGAGUCUGCAGAGGGCACCCGGCUCCCUAGCCGGGAUGCAGCCGCCCCAGGCCCCUGUGCCCGGGCCUCUGGCAGCACUGCUGGACACUACAGAAGGGUUUGCCCGGAGAAAGCGGACUUCCCUGUGGUUUGUGGGGUCUCUGCUGCUGGUGUCUGCCCUCAUCCUGACCAUCGGCCUCGCUGCUACCACCAGGACGGAGAAUGUCACCGUGGGUGGCUACUACCCUGGCAUCAUCCUGGGCUUUGGCUCUUUCCUGGGAAUCAUUGGCAUCCAUCUGGUGGAGAACAGAAGACAAAUGCUGGUGGCAGCCAUUGUGUUCAUCAGCUUUGGUGUGGUGGCUGCCUUCUGCUGUGCCAUUGUGGAUGGGGUGUUCGCAGCACGGCACAUGGAACUGAGGCCGCUCAGCAUGGAUAGAUGCCAGUUCUACUCCAGUGGGGCAGGGUACUUGUAUGACGUCUACCAGACUGAGGUCACCUGCUACUCCUUGAUGGGCAAGUGCCAGUUGAAGGUGAGGAGCAACACCUGCUACUGCUGUGACCUCUACACGUGUGAGAGUGCGGAGCUGUCCCCCACUUACUAUGAGUUUGUGGGUGUUCGUAGCUGUCAGGAUGUGGUCCACCUCUACCGGCUACUCUGGGUCUCCACAGUCCUGAACAUCUUGGGCCUGUGCAUGGGCAUUGUCACAGCUGCUGUGCUGGGGGCCUUCAAGGACAUGGUUCCCCUAUCACAGCUGGCCUACGGCCCAUCAUCCCCACCUCAGAUUCUCUACAACCCUGCCCAGCAGGUCCUGGCUUACACUGGCUUCUGCUCACCCACAACCAUGCCCACCUGCUCGUCCUACCCCCUGCCUCUUCAGGACUUGGCGAAAGCAAGAUGUGAGAUCAUGAGAUCGACAAGGGCAGGACCUGGGGCUCCCACAUUGCCUGGCUGCUGUGGACACAGCCCCAAAUCACAGAUGCCAGGAGCAGUACCAGGGUGCCCUGCAGGAUGGGCCUUUCCUGACACCUGGCACACCAUGGAGGAACUCAAGGACAGAGCUGCAAUUCUGCCCAUUCCUUUGUCCUGUUUGGUGCCUGGGGGCCUCAGGGCAGUUGGUUAAGGUGCCAGCAUCUGUGCUUGGAUGCAACUGCUGUGCCUUCCAGAUAUCUCUUCUCUGCCUCUGAGAUCUUCUAAGCUUUGGAUGCACCUCUGCCUCUUGACAUCUGGGCCAGCCUGUAGUGCUGGCACAUGUUGGAGUGGAAAAACAUGUUGUCCUGAUCAGCUCCUGGAGAGGGCAGAUCAGACAGGUGCCACUUGCUUCCUUGGAGCUGUGACUGUGGAUGUCAGCACGGCCAAAACACUCCCCACAGUGACACAGGGAACAGGUGGCUAUGGAUUUUUCUGAGCAGGGAAUCAAGCCUCAAAAGUAUGUGCAGUUUCCCUAAGUGAAGUGCAGAGAGAGGCUGAGUUGACGAGGCCCAAGAAGCCCUGUUGCUAAGAGAGUUGUCUAAAUUGUGUAAUAGGUCUCUUAUUGACAGGAUUGGUCUGAUGGAGUGCUGUUUAUGGACUGAUUUGUCCCAUGGUUCUUGGGAAUUUUCCUACGAACCCCUGGUUUACACCAUAGCCCUGGCAGUUUAUGCUAUGGCUCCUGGGGGUUUACUACAUGGUUCCAUGUAGUUUACUCUUUGGUUCCAUGUGAUUUACUCUGUGGGCCCUGGUGGUUUAUUCUGUGGCGCCUGGGAGUUUACUCUGCAGCCCCUAGUGGUUUACUUUGUGGCUCCUGGGGGUUUACUUUGUGGUUCCUAGGGAUUUACUCCAUAGUUCUAUGUGGUUUAUUCUGUGGCUCCUGGGGGUUUGCUCCAUGGUUCCAUGUGGUUCACUCUGUGGCCCCUGGUGGUUUACUCUGUGGCUCCUGGGGAUUUACUCUGUGGCUCCUGGUGGUUUACUCUGUGGCUCCUGGGGAUUUACUCUGUGGCUCCUGGUGGUUUACUCUGUGGCUUCUGGGAUUUACUCUGUGGCUCCUGGUGGUUUACUCUGUGGCUUCUGGGAUUUACUCUGUGGCUCCUGGUGGUUUACUCUGUGGCUUCUGGGAUUUACUCUGUGGUUCCUGGGGGUUUACUCUGCAGUCCCUAGUGGCUUACUGUGUGGCUCCUAGGGGUUUACUCUGUGGUUCCUGAGGGUUUGGUUCUUUCCAUGUGGUUUAUUCCUCCAUGAUUCUAUGUGGUUUGUUCAGUGGUUUCUGGGGGUUUAAUGUUAGGUUUUCAUGGCUACUCAUUUUCAGUGAAGGGCAGAUUGAACUCUGGGGAAGGCACAGGGCCAGGCACUGCCAGUAGACUUGACAGAACGUUCCCAGAGUACCCCUGGGUCCUCAUGGUUGGGAAAAUGCAUAGGUUCAGGCUGUUCACUUAAGAGUUGAUGAUUUAAAUGCUGAUUGCCUCUGAAACACACCUUCACUGAGACAUUGGAUGGCAGUUUGAGUAUGUAUAAUCAGCUAUGGCCAGGCACAAUGGUAUAAACCCAACACCAAAGAAGGCAAGAGGAUCAUGAGUUCAAGUAUUACUGGACAACUUAGUGAGUUAACAAAACACUGUUUCAAAAACAAUUAGUCAUCGUACUUUUCUGGAAAUGUAUGGUCUUGGAAUGAGCGAGUUGUGGAUAUCUAAGGAGGGCUUGGGUGACCCUUCCUGGGCACUUGCCCAGAGGCUUUGGGAGCAGAGCUGAGGAAGAUGAGGCUCCACGGGAUUUGUUUGUGGGCAGGCCUGUGGGCACUGACAUGUGUCCUGGGUACCAGUAAGGCUGUGUCCUGUUGA